AUGAGCAACAAUAAUAAUAAUAGUAAUACAGAUAAUGUAUUUGUCAAUCUAUCACAUAUACUUUUAAUUAAAAUAUUUGAUCAUCUUAGAGAUAAUAUCGAUCGUAUAUGUUUCACAUUUGUUUGUAAUAGAUGGUUUAACGAUAGACAUAAAUACUUUAGAUUCAACCCGACACCUUUUAUUGGUCAACCAAAAGAUGUAUAUCAUAAUUUCUUUUUAAAAUCAUUCAAAGAUAUUUUUAUCGAUUCCGAAAAGCAAAGAGAAUGUAGUUUAUAUUUAUCAUCGAAUCCUUGGGCGCCUUUUACAUAUCAUCGAAUACACAAAUUAAAGAUAGAUUAUACAAUUGCAAAAUACCAGGAAUUAGAGCUAGAUGAAAAUCAACUUGCUAAACUGUUGAGUUUCACAAGUAUAACACAUGUUUAUGGUUGCUCUGUUAUUCCAAAGAAUGGAUUCCCUUCCAAUAUCAAAUUCAUUCGAUUCCUCGGUUUCAAUGGGUCGUUGCAACCAGGUAGCUUCGGUGAAGGUGUAGAGAAGAUACAGUUUAGAUCGAAACUAGGUUGUUCGUGGUCUACUUCGAAAUUUAAUGAGCCACUAGUACCCGGUGUCUUUCCAGACUCCGUAACCUUUCUCAGUUUCGAAUAUCAAUUCGAUCAGCCUAUAAUACCAAGAAUACUUCCACCCAAUUUGAAAUCAUUGAAAUUUAAAUACUACACAUUUGAUAUCGAUGAUCAAGCACUUCCAAACACAUUGAAACAUCUUCAAAUCUCUGGAUCACCAAACUUGAAGAUAGCGAUUCCUCACCAACUUGUUUCUUUGGAUAUAAAUGAAAUAUAUUUUACAGAUACAAUUCGAUCACAGAUUAGAAAGCUACAAAACCUCGAAAGUCUUUCAAUAUCUGGUGGUUUCGACUUUGAUAACAACCUCAUCAAAGAAGGAGAUAUUCCAAAGAGCGUAACCAACCUAACACUAAAUUGCUGUUUGGAAAACAGCAGAUCAAUCCCAUUAACUGUUAAAUACUUGGACAUUCCACAAAUCGUAUAUUUCGAUGAACCAUUUCCAAGAGAAUCACAACAUCAAUUCGAGAGACUUACUACUUCGGUUGUCAUGAAAAAGUUAAUAUUAGAGAAUAUCAUGGUAGAGAGAUUUACUAUUCCAGAGUCAUCUGGUAUCGAGUCAAUUCAAUUGGAAUCUUUAAUAGAAAAUAUAGAUUGUAGCAAAAUUGUAUUACCAAACACCAUUAAGGAACUCAUAUUACCUAAAUAUAAUCCUUGUCGGUUGACUGAAGGUUUCAUUCCAAAUUCUGUUGAAACAAUUAAUUUUGGGGGCUACAUCAAUAGUCCAGCCUCAGCUCUUCCAAAAUCAAUUAACACAAUAACUAUUCAAUCCUCGGCAAUCAGUCAUUAUCAACAAUCUAAAUCGAUAACCAAUAUAAAUUUCACAAAGAGAGGAAGUGUAAGAAAUAUCAAGGUUUCCAUGGGUAAACCCAGAGUCUCUCAUCAAAAUUUAAAUUGCAAAGUCUCAAUUUAA